CCCUUCCUCAUCCGGAGAACACAAUGUACAUUGUAUCGGGUGAACAAUGAAUUCUCUCAUAAUAAUAAUAAUAAUAAUAAUCUUGGUAGCGGGAAAAAACUCUGCUUCAGUCGCCCACUCUAGAGCCAUAAAUAACAAAGGCUCCAUGGAACUAACUACGACCACCCAUCAUGAUUGUGCUCCUUAUUCAGCGAUCCAAGUGCGCUCGAUCCAAAAGAAUAGUUUAUUCGGGGCGUCCACCGGUGUUUGCGGCUGCGGCAGUGCAAGUUGCUAUUUUUGCAUCGAGCUAUUGGCGCCAGUCUCACAUCCCAGGUCCACCACGGCGUGCGUCGGAUCAACAGGAGUCCCUGGUCGCUGAGAACCGACGAGACGAGACGAUGAGGCGACUCUACCGUUAGAACCUGUGGACCUCCCCACGGAACCUGUGGCUCGCUUCCCUCGUGCUCGUAUAUCACUAACUCUGAACGGUAUCGUUCUAUCCUUGAG